GUGAUUUGGAACGAAAUUAAAGAUUCUUAUAACGAAAGACGAGUUUACUUGUAUACUUUUCAAUAAUUAAUAAAUAUCAAUUAAUUAAUCGUUCUUUGAUUUAAGUUUAGCUAUGCCCGAAAAAUCCUCUGCUAGACAAAAGGCUCAAGCUGGUCGACGUGUUUUGGAUGAGUAUGCCAGAAAAAGACGUCGGAAAAGACAGCUUGAUGCAUUGGAAAUGGAUAAUUUUGGUGAUGAUCCUCAUGCCAACCUUGCAAAAGGCAAAAAGCUUCCUUCAUUCAUUGAUUCUUCAGAAGAAAAGAAGAAGAAGAGGAAAAAAGGAACUGGAGAACAUUUUAAACAGAGAUUUAAGAAAACAUUUGCUUUACUGCUUGAAGAAGAGAAACAAGAAUUUGUUGAUGGAGAACCAAACUAUGUCACAGCUUGUGUUCCACCUUCAAGAUUUCCUGAACGUCACUUUUGUUCUGUUUGUGGAUUUCCAUCAAAUUACACAUGCGUUCAAUGUGGUGCUCGGUACUGCAGCGUGAAAUGUUUAGGAACACACAAAGAUACUAGAUGCUUAAAGUGGACGGCAUGAACAAAUGAAAAUAUUGACUAUGUCAAAUGGGACCUUAUAACAUUGAUCAUAAGAACUUGCAACAUUGCAGAAAGCAGGUGAUUGGUGGUGCAGGUCAAAAGAACAAUGGCAGAAUAUCCUUUAAAAUGCCAUGGAUUAUAUAACUAAACUGGAUAUGCAUGUAGAAGAGGCAACCUGUUAAUUGUUUCAAUAUGAAACUAUAUACCAGAUUAUUGCAUGCAUUUUUUGAAAAGAUGAUUGUCUUUGGUUAACACAAAAACAUUGCAUUGCAGUAGUGAAAGUUGGCUUGCUAAAUAGUGCUUAGACAUCCAAGACCCAAAACUUGAAACAAUAAAAUUAAAGAUUAAUUCUUUAA